AUGGAAUUAAAUGAAUGUGAAGUUAAAGAUUAUUCAGAUAAUUUGAUGGAUGAGACUGGCAUAAAUGAAAAUUCAUUUCUUCAUAUUGAUUUUGAUGAUUCUGAAAAGUGGCAACUCUUAGUGACAAAUUUGGCUGCGGACCACCUACAACUAGCUCAUGGACCACAGUUUGAGAAUGCCUGUAAGAAAGGUUUAAUGUAUCCAAAAAGUAAUAAUGGACGUAAAUUUAGUGAUACAUAUUACAAGAGAAAAAUGGAAAAGGGAGAAUUAGUUCCCCGUUGGUGGCUAUCAUAUUCAAUGAGUACAAAUUCUGUUUUUUGCUUCUGUUGCAAGGUAUUUGCAUCGAUUGACAGUACUAUCCUUGUAAAAGGCUAUGAUGAUUGGAUAAAUGUAUCUAAAAGUCUUGCAUAG